AUGCCCCAGAGUUUAUACUUGAAGUGGCCGGAACUGGACAGGCGCUUAGAUUUAGCUCCAAAUGGAGACCCAGCUGUGGAUCCUCCCUGCCCCCUUCUCUUCCUCUUUCCCUAUUCCUUCACCGGGCAUGGGAGCUGCAACAACAGAAAAAAAAGUGAAGAGGAUAAAGCGCAGCUCGAACAGCAAAAGAAAAGUGAAGUGCAUAAGGAUUCGGAAAAUCAGUCACUAAGGGUGGAUAUUCAAUACCUGAAAACGGAACUAGAAAAACAGAAGCUGGAUGGCGUCAAUAAGGAAUCUGAUAUCCAGCAGCUUAGAGCAGAUCUUCAAGCUCUAAGAGCAGAGCUGGAAAUACAAAAGAAAAACCAAGUGGACAAUCAAUCUCGAGCGGUCAUCGAAGGACAAAGAAAGUUGUUGGACGGAGAUGUAAAGCCACAUAAUUGCACCGUGGCCAAGUCCAAUGGGAUCCACAAAAUACUCAUUCCCAACUUAACUACUCAACCUGUUGAAGUUGUCUGCGAUGCGUGUACUCGGGGAGGGGGAUGGACGAUCAUCCUGAGGAGAUUGGAUGGAAGUGUCAACUUCUAUCGCAACUGGACCGAUUACAAAAAUGGAUUUGGAGAUCUGGAGGGAGAAUUCUUUUUAGGCUUGGAUAAAAUACACGCACUUACUGAAGAGAGAAGACAUGAGCUACUUGUGGUUCUUGAAGAUUUCGAAGGAGAUGAAAGAUAUGAGUUGUAUAACGACUUUGCAAUCGGCAACGAAAAUCGUCGAUAUGUCUUACACACUCUGGGAGACGCCAGUGGAACAGCUGGCGAUUCAUUCAGUGGUAAUCGUGGCAGCAAAUUUAACACUUUUGACGAUGAAAGCUUAUCAAGUUGCCCCAAAAGUUACUCUGGUGCCUGGUGGUACGCUGCUAAUUGUGGUUACAGCAACUUGGCCGGCACAUAUAAAGACAACGAAUCUGGCAAGGGCGUCAAUUGGCACAAGUUCCGUGGUUUCCAGUACUCCCUUAAACGAGCCCUUAUGAUGAUACGGCCGCUAAAAUAAAUACUGAUCCUCUAAUAUAUUUUAUCAUAAUCUGUUUUAGGAACUUACUUUGUUCGAUCUAUUAAUCUUUUGUAAAAUAUGUAUAUUUGUCGAGAAUUUAAAUAAAAGCAAUAGCCAUAUUAUGUCAUUAUAA